CCUUUCGACUGUGAAGGUGUCAGCUUAAAUGAGCAUCUUCCAUUUUGCAAAGGGCUGGCUCCAGUACGCGCGCUCUGGCUGUUGCGCGCGUGCACGCCGACGUAAGGAGAAGGGGGACUCCACGCUACCACGCAGCUCGGUGGAAAGUCCGGAUGAAAGUUUAACACAAGCCUCGACCAUGUCUGUCACUUAAAGUCCGACUGUUUCGUCCAGCGUUUCCGUGCUCGCAACUCCGUUGAUGUCUGACGAGGGCGAGGAAAGCGACAGCGGGGAGCGAGCCCAUCGCUGCCAGCCUCCCUCGCCACCUUUGUGUCUCCCCCGAGGAUCACCUUCAUGUCGGCGGCCCCCGGACCUCUUCUCCUCGGCCUCUCCUCUCCUGGAGGACACGGACCCGCCGUACCUGGCCUCCCCGGACUGUCUUCACUCGUCCCCGGAUACGCGAGAGCACGGGGACUCCCCCCGCCUCACACCGCCAAAGUUCCGCCACAGCGCCGGGGAUUCUCCGUUGACUUCCCGCCAAUAUGCGCACCUUGACGUGGUGUGCGGCCGCUCCGAUGAGCCGCUCCCUGCCUGGAAGGGACGCGGCCCCGAGAGCCCCGGCAGCCUUCAGCACCGCGGACAGAGAGUCUACCGGGGCUCCGAGUCCCAGGGCUGUGGGAACCACCACGCCAGUGAGCACCUAGACGCCGACAUCACCUCGGACGCCCGGCAGUCCGUGGAGACGAUGCACCGCCGCCACACCACGCUGAGAGAGAAGGGGCGUCGCCAGGCAGUGCGAGGCCCAGCCUACAUGUUCAAUGAGCGCGGUUCGGCUCUCACUGCAGAAGAGGAACGCUUUCUGGACGCUGCCGAGUACGGGAAUAUUCCUGUAGUGCGCAAAAUGCUCGAAGACUCCAAAACCCUCAAUUUUAACUGCGUGGACUACAUGGGCCAGAAUGCAUUGCAACUGGCCGUCGGAAACGAGCAUCUGGAGGUGACUGAGCUGCUCCUGAAGAAGGACGGCUUGGCGAGGAUCGGAGAUGGUCUGCUAUUGGCUAUUUCCAAGGGCUACGUUCGUAUCGUGGAAGCGAUUCUCGGGCACCCUGCCUUCGGCGGCGGGAUUCGCCUGGCUUUGAGUCCUCUGGAGCAGGAGAUGCGCGACGAUGACUUCUACGCUUACGACGAAGACGGGACGCGCUUCUCGCACGACGUGACGCCCAUCAUACUCGCCGCUCACUGCCAGGAAUACGAGAUAGUCCACAUUCUCCUGACCAAAGGGGCCCGCAUUGAGAGACCGCAUGACUACUUCUGCAAGUGCGUGGAGUGUGUGGAGAAGCAGAAGAAAGACUCGUUUAGUCAUUCGAGAUCCAGGAUGAACGCGUACAAAGGCCUCGCCAGUGCGGCUUACCUGUCACUCAGCAGCGAAGAUCCUGUUCUGACGGCCCUGGAGCUCAGCAACGAGCUGGCCAGACUGGCCAACAUCGAGACGGAGUUUAAGAAUGAAUACCGCAAGCUGUCCAUGCAGUGUAAAGACUUUGUCGUGGGGGUGUUGGACCUCUGUCGGGACACGGAGGAAGUGGAAGCCAUCUUGAACGGCGAUGUCGACCUGUGCCCGCCGAGCCCCUACAACCGACCCUGCCUCAGCCGCGUCAAACUGGCUAUCAAAUAUGAGGUGAAAAAGUUUGUGGCCCAUCCGAACUGUCAACAGCAGCUGCUGACUAUUUGGUACGAGAACCUUCCCGGUCUGAGGCAACAGUCCAUUGGGGUCAAAUGCUGGACGGUCCUGGGGGUCACCGUCGGCCUGCCGUUCCUGGCCGUAGCCUACUGGAUCGUACCAUGUAGCAAGCUGGGUCAGAUCCUGAGAAGUCCAUUCAUGAAGUUCGUAGCUCACGCCGUCUCCUUCACCAUCUUCCUGGGCCUCCUGGUCGUCAACGCGUCGGACCGCUUCGAGGGCGUGAAGAACCUGCCCAACGAGACCAUCACGGACCACCCUCGGCAGGUGUUCCGGGUCAAGACCACCCAGUUUUCCUGGACGGAGAUGUUGAUCAUGAAGUGGGUGCUGGGCAUGAUUUGGUCGGAGUGCAAGGAGAUCUGGAGCGACGGGCCCAGAGAGUACAUCAUGCACCUGUGGAACGUCCUGGACUUCGGAAUGCUGUCCAUCUUUGUGGCGUCCUUCACCGCGCGCUUCAUGGCGUUCCUGAAGGCGUCCAAAGCCCAGCAGUAUGUGGACAUGCACGUUCCUGAUGAAGACCUCAGCAACGCUUCGCUGCCCGACGAGGUGGCCUACUUCACGUUUGCCCGGAACAAGUGGCGCCCAUCAGACCCCCAGAUCAUCUCAGAGGGCCUGUACGCCAUCGCGGUGGUCCUGAGCUUCUCGCGCAUCGCCUACAUCCUCCCAGCCAAUGAGAGCUUUGGUCCCCUGCAGAUCUCGCUGGGGCGCACGGUCAAGGAUAUCUUCAAGUUCAUGGUGAUCUUCAUCAUGGUGUUUGUGGCCUUCAUGAUCGGCAUGUUCAACUUGUACUCCUACUACUUGGGAGCCAAGUACAACCCCGCCUUCACCACGGUGGAGGAAAGUUUUAAGACUCUCUUCUGGUCCAUCUUUGGGCUGUCAGAAGUCAUCUCAGUGGUGCUGAAGUACGACCACAAGUUCAUCGAGAACAUCGGCUACGUGCUGUAUGGCGUCUACAACGUCACCAUGGUGGUGGUUCUUCUCAACAUGCUCAUCGCCAUGAUCAACAGCUCCUACCAGGAGAUUGAGGAGGACGCCGACGUGGAGUGGAAGUUUGCUCGGGCCAAGCUGUGGCUCUCCUACUUCGACGAGGGCCGCACGUUACCCGCCCCCUUCAACCUGGUCCCCAGCCCCAAGUCCUUCUACUACCUGGUCCUGCGUUUGAAGUCCUGCCUUAUAGGGAUGUGCAAGAUGGGCAGACAUCAGCACGGCAAUGAGUUGGAGCUGGGAAUGCUCAAUUCCCAAGCCAAGGGGGAACACUUCAGGACUUAUCUGCCUCCUGGGGAAGAGUUCCAGAACUUAUCGAGAAAUUCCAGAAAACAUCCAACCAGAUACCAAAAGAUCAUGAAGCGACUCAUUAAGCGUUACGUCCUCAAGGCCCAGGUGGACAGAGAGAGCGAUGAGGUCAAUGAAGGCGAGCUGAAGGAGAUCAAGCAGGACAUUUCCAGCCUGCGCUACGAGCUCCUGGAGGAAAAGUCUCAGGCCGCCGGGGAGCUGGCGCUGCUUAUUCAGCAACUUGGUGACAAAUUUGGCAAAAACACCAUGAGGCACUGACGGUACGGGAGAAAGACCAUUGUCAAAACGUGGGCCUUGAUUCUGGAAAAGAGCAAGGAUGGGAAACAGGAUGUUAAUUUGGGUUAUCGUAACAUUUCCUGUCUUCAGGCAAAAACCUCAAGAUCAUGUUUGUUUUACUUAUUAGCGUGAGGACGAGAAAACUCCAGCUUGUGUUGACACUUCUGAUUAAAAUAGACGAGAUUAGCUUGUAGGCUAGUACAAAAAAACACGAGAUGUGAUGAAGAUUCACAUGCACUGCCAAACGUUAUCAGCACAUUUCCAAAAACUGGACGAAAAAAGGGAAUUUGUCCAGGUUUUCCAAGACUUUGUGCAUCCCUUUACACAACAGGCAGUCUAAUUAAUCCCUUCCCUGUUGCACACCUUGUCAGUCGUGGGAAAAAAGGUUCAUUUCUGAUUGAUUGACUCACUGGAGUAUGGAAGAACAAUACCUGAUCAUCAAGAUGACGCAACACCAGCCCAACAGGAAGUGGGUCUUACACGGUUCAUUUUUAUGAAAAUAUGAAAUUAUUCCUUGUCAAAAGUUUUUUUUUCAGGAGUCUCAUUUAGGAUGACAACAAUUUCAAGUCAGGCUUAUUUUUGGACCGUGAGAGGAACAGGAAGUAACAUGCAAAUACAGAAAGACCGUCUUGCUGUACUCACCACUGUGCCACUACGCUGCCCUCGCAUACAGUACAAUUAUACAGUACACAGUACACAGUGCUUUGGUUCUUUGGAAAAGCUCUGAUAAAACAUUACAUUAUUAUAAAUUAUGAUUAAUUAUUUUUUAUUUAUUAUGAAAAAAUUAAAUAAAUGUUUAAUGUUAAUUUUUAAUUUUCAACACAAAAUAAGAUGGAAAAAUAAAUAAGCAAAACAAAAAAC